AUGCGUGAGGUCGACGUGAAGUCCAUCAUCGACGUCACAUUCGCCACGCGGGAGAUGGCCGAUGGUGUAAAAAACUGGCAGGUGUUGGACCUCGAGACGUUGAGCGACCACCUGUACGUCUCCUACGAAAUAGAGGACGGGAGAACCUCGGGGGCGCAGAGUCAGCGACCCCCCACGACAUGGAACCCGAGAAAGAUAAGAUGGGGGAAGCUGGAUCAGGAGACCAGAGAUCUGGCUCUGGAUCUCACAGACGACGCAGCCGGCGAUCUGAGGGACGUACUCAGCGCCAUUUGCAACAGGGUGAUGCCCAAGAAUAGACCGAGCAGAAGAAGGAACGCCUACUGGUGGUCGGAUGCGAUCGCCAGCGAGAGGAGUCCAGAAGGACAAAAGAAGGAACAUCUGCACCCGAGACGCGCAGGAGUGGUCUGCGGAAAGUUGGCAGGCAAGAGCAGGACGACGCUCGAGGAGGACGAACACCGACGGGUGCUCAGCACGCUGUUUCCCAACGGCCCACUGCCGGAGGAACUCCGUCCACAACACAACGAAUCAGAGGACGACAAGAUAGGAAGAAGAGUUACCGAAGACGAAGUCUUCAAAGCGGCGAGAAGGAUCAAGCGGGGCAAGGCACCGGGCCCCGACGGGAUCCCGCCCGACAUCGUAAGGGAGAAGAAGUUCCGGCCCAUCUGCUUGCUGAACACCACAGGCAAGCUGUUCGAAAGGGUGAUGGCGAACAGGAUCGCCGGAUGGGCCGAGGAGAAGCUGAACCGGAACCAGUUCGGCUGCAGACCGGGGCUUUCGACCAUAGAGGCCCUCGAGGAAGUGGACGCCUACGUCGAAAGGGCGAUGUUCGAGAGGAGGGGCGUGAUGGCAGUGCUUCUGGACAUCAGGAACGCCUUCAACGAAAUCACAUGGCCCGCGGUGAUGAAAGGACUGGAGGACAUGGACAUGCCGCGGGACAUCGUCCUGGGUCCGCUGCUCUGGAACAUUGCGUACAACAAGAUACUGGCCAAGGGGGAGGGCAGUGAUGUCAAGAUAGUCUGCUACGCCGACGACACCAUCGUGAUGGUUAAGUACACGGACGUCGCAGAAGGAGCUCCACGGCUCGCGGAAAGGGUGGAGGACGUCAUGGUCGAGAUCGAGAGUCUAGGACUGACGAUCGCGGAGAACAAGACGCAGGCGAUCAUUCUCGACCGGAGGAGGGGCAUAAUCCCCCCCCCCACACACAGAGAUCACGAUAAGAGGUAA